GAGGAGCAAAUGAACUUAAGUCUCUGUUAUCAUGCUACAGAGAUUGAAUUCGAAAAUGCGCGUUCUAAAGAAAAUGUACUUGACGAAUCAGACAGAUUUAUUGAUAACCUGUUUGACUUUCCACAAAUCCAUUUGAGUUCCUUUCCAGAAGAUACUUCGACUGUCCUUGAAGCCUGGGAAAUUUUACAUUUAGCAAAUCCGAAAACAUCACACUUCAUAUACCUUUUGAAUGACAGUAUCUUUCUUUGUACAUGUAUGAUGUUCAGAUCGCAUGGAUAUAUAUGCCGCCACUUUUAUCGAUUAAUGACUCUUACACCAAUCGCCCGAUUCCAUAUCGGAUUAAUAAAUCGGCGUUGGUAUAAAGAUCAAUUGCAAGGAAUCAACAUAUCAAAUAAUGAAUUUAUUGUCAUUUCCUUAAAUGCAUCAACAUCAAAGAAUUAUUCAUUACCAACUCGAUUUUUACAACCACCAAGUUUCGAUGCCAAUCAAAUCGGAGAAAUUGGGACAAUUAACGAUAGUAAUGAAAUAUCUAGUAUUAUUUCAAAAAAGCGCAAAUUCGGAGAAUUGUUUGGUUUAGGGAAAAAAAUUAGUAGUGAUGUUGUUGAAGAAGGUAAUGAGGACACUUAUCAUGAGGUUUUAGAAUUUUUUCGAUCUAUUCAGCAGAAAAUGUCACAACACAGAAUUCUUGGUAGUAGCGAAGGGAAUUUCAACACUCAGAAUGAUGAUAAAAAUUUAGAGAUCCGGAAUCCUAUUUUACGAAGACCGAAAGGUCGUCCUAAGUCAAAGAGAAUUAAUAGUAUUUUGGAAGAGCCUAAUACUAAGACAUAUAGAU